UAUGCUGUGACCACGUACACCGAGUUUCCGAUGCCGGAGUCUUGCAAAGAGAGCUAAAGGUCUGACGGUGUGCGGGAAGUCGAGCAAGAGAAGUAAUUUUUCUUAGAUUUCAUAUUUCUGACUAUCACCGGCAUUAUUACCUUAAUGGGUGCGUUCUCAAGGGUAAGAUCUUUAGGCCGGUACCGACUUUCCAUGAGGGGAGGAUGUUCAGCGGUUGUCUUUCCUUUUUAGUGAUUAGUCGGUUAAUUUGCUUGUUUUCCUUUUAUAAUAAUCCUCGCCAUUAAUGUAUCGGAUUCAGCUUCCUUGGCUUAAAGAAAACCUAAAGCCACAAGCGUUCACCCAAAUAUUCCCCCCCCCACCCCCUGAAACCUAAAGCCACAAGCGUUCUCGGCGGCGUUGGUUCUCUCUCGACGGUCGGCCACCCUCCACCGGGCCAUUCUUCACCGGCGUUCUCUGUCUCCGGAGCUCUGUUUGUACUCUCUCUCAAUCUGUGCAUUUUUAUGGGAUUUGUUUGGGCUAGAUUAAGCUUUUGAGAUUGUGGGUAUACCUCCAGAGAUUGCUUGAUUUUCUUUCUGCUUUUUCUACUUUUACUGAACAAUAUCUCAUCUUUCUCUUCCUCCUCUCAACGUUACAUCUACCUCACGCCUCUCAUCUUUCUCUUUUACCUCCUAUUCAACUAAAAGUCUCCUAAUCUCCGUUAUACGCAUAAAGUCCAUCCUUGUUUCAUUCUCUAUGGAUCAAUUCGUCUCAAACAAAAGAAAAGCCAUCUACUCCACCAAACAUGGCAGUCCCCCCAAAUAUACUAUGAAAAAAUACAAGGAUGAACACCUUGACACGGUAGCGACGCUUCUGCCUCUACGACGGAUUGGACCAUCAUCUGAUUCACCUGGUUGUCUUUUUUCUCAUGACAUAUUUUUCUGUGUGGAUGAGCUUAACGCUCGAGUCGAAGACGAUGGAAUUUGCUGGUCGGGUGCAAGGUGGUUUAGCCUUAAAAUUGCUGGCCCUAUCUCCCGAAAACCACUAAUUCCUUUUUGGAAGGGAAAAGUUCCAUCUGGCGGUGGCUUAGCAGUCCUGGGCUCCCACAUCUACUCUUUUGGUGGGAUGAGCUAUGCUCAAUCGCGACGGCCAAUUCGAUACGGUUACAAGUUGCGGGUUACUCCGCAUGUCUCUAAGGAGUUGGUCAGUAUUCCACCCAUGCUUUCUCGGAGAUGUUAUUUGGACGUUUCUGUUUUACGCACUAAGAUUUAUGUGUGCAAUCAUGAUUUUCAUCAUCGACAUUUUCGUCAUCAAUGGGGUGAGGUUUUUGACCCUGCCAAAGGAAAAUGGGAAGCCCUUCCUAACCCUCCCAAUUUUCCUUCUACAUAUCCAGAGCGUAUAUGUAUCUCUGCGGCUCUUGAGAGUCCAGAAAGGAUUCUUGUUGCUUACUAUGCAAAGGAUGAUAACUCUUCCGCUAUCUUCUAUGCGUAUGAUGUGCAACACAGAUCUUGGGGAAUGCUUGCACCAGCUAAGCGCAAGCUCCACCGAUUGUGUGAUACGAGAUGGCGAGAAAGAGCAGUAAGUGUUGGCAACACGCUAUACUGGAUUGAACGCCCUGAGGAUGAAGUGCUUAAAGAUGAUCUUUUAUUUAUAGCCUAUGAUUUGGAUUUGGAUUUAUGGCUAGAAGGAACUCUAAAAGAACACGGUGUAUUUUUUUUCCAAGAUUACGGAAUCUUGGGCGCUGAGGCAAGACAUCCUGGCUUCCUCCAUCUGGAGAAGCACAAGUUCUGCCUCUUACAAUGUGCAGAUGAUGAUUAUCUGCGCUGUGUUAUAGUUGAGAUUUCUCCUAUGCCCCCAACAAAGUCAUUAGGCAUAUCGGUUGUAUGGGACCAAAAAUAUGCAAUGGAACCAAAAAUAAGCCGUGGAUCACCCACUGUCUUAGUAUAUUGCGAUAUAAUGCCUAAGAAUACAGAUUUGGAGAAGAAAUCAAGCAAGAAAGAAGUGCGGGGAGCAAAUUAAGGGGUGAGUAGAUUUGUGUGAGAAGUCAAGCACGCAGGAAGUAGGUGAAGCAAGAAGUGUUUUUCUGUUGGUGCGGAGUGGGUUAUAUGCUAAUGCUACUUCGUUUUUUUAUUAUGCUCUCACUCUAUUGAGAGGCCAAAUGCUGCCAGAGGAAUUUUUCAUAUCUUCUUCUUUUUUAUGAAGUUGGGAAAAGUUCUUUGAACUUGUGUAUAUUUUGGAGAUACCUUACAAAAGAUGUAUAUUUAUUCUUUGCUUCAUUAACAUAUUGUAAAAACAUUUGAGGUUUAAAAAUUAUUCACGUUCAGUUUUAUUUAA